AUGGCAGAAGGGGGUCCACCAGCAGCUGCAGCAGCUUCUUCUUCUUCUUACACAGACCAUGACAUUAAUCAAGAAUAUUUCGCGAGUUUAAUUGAGAUGGGAAUUCACAAGGAUGACGCCAGACAGGCGUUGAGACUUGUUAAUAAUCGAAGUUUGGAAGAAGCAUUGGCUAUUGUUUUAGGCGAUCCAUCCUUUAUUCCUCCAGAAUCUUCAACAUCAACUAGUGGAGCGAGCAUAGAACAAGUUACUGAAACACCUUACGAAUCGAAUGUAAUACCAACGGAUACAGAUACAACUGACGCAAACAUGCUCACAUAUAAAAUGUUAUUCGUUGUAAAUGGCUCUCUUCCUAUGAGUUCAGGCAAACUUGCAGCGCAAGUAGCUCAUUCUGCAAUUGAUUUAUAUCAACAGAUUCUUAAUCGACGUUUGAUGGCUUUGAAUUUUUGGAGUAUAUCUGGACAAAAGAAGAUUGUCGUUCGUGCGAAUUCAGCAGAAGAAUUAUUGGAUAUUCAACAACGUGUAUCAGUUCAUAAAUCUGUUUUAACAUCGAUUAUUCGUGAUGCUGGCCGAACAGAGAUAGCAAGUGGAUCAAUCACAUGUCUCGGUAUUUUUGGUACAAAUGAUCAAUUAGAUCCAAUCACUGGUCACUUAAAAUUAAUGACGGACUGUCUGAAAUGUGGUGGAGGAAAUAAUCAACAACAGAAAUCAAAGAAAAAUAAGAAAGAUGCAGAAACAGCAUCGAAUUCAACACCAGACGACACAUCGAACACAUCAUAA